CUCUGCUCCUCCUUGUGUAGUAUACAGCGGGACACUCCGCAGUUCGCUUAUCCCGUUCCUUCCCGUUGCCUUUUACGCGCUCGACGUCUGCAGCUACAGUGAUUCAGUGAGCCUGUCUUCCAGCUUUUGGGUGAAGCAGGCGCAGGACUCUUUUUCGUUUCUUCCCCCCACCUCACAGUGUUCUCGAUGGCGAAAGAGCACAGCAGCUUCUGUUCCCGUGGUCAUAUUUAAGAGGAAGACAUUCUUUUGGUUUCUUUUUUCCCCCCUUUUGAUUUUUCAACAAAAAUGUGGGACGCGCGUUCUCUGCGCUGCGUCCACGGAGAGCUUCCUUCAGUCUUACCCGCUUGACUAAAGGGGGAUCCAGGCUCCCUUUUCCAUCCUCUGCUCCCUCCGGAACAAGAGGAGUUUGCAUGCAAAAGGUGGUUUAUCGCGGCAAGCCAUGGAGGGACUUGCCUAAAGAGGAUCCAACAUAACUGAAAAGUUGAAGACUUUUUUUUUUCUGGUUUCCUUUUUUUUGUGUGUGUCAUUGCAACAUCUUCCCAGAAGUCUCCUUUUCUGUUGCCAUGGCUGAGAAGCUUGGACAAGCAGGGCUUAAGCCCACCAACAUUCGAACGGCUCCCCCGCUGCCCCCCGAGCCCAUCGACAUCAUCCGCACCAAAGCUCGCUCCCGCAGAGUCCGCCUUAACGUCGGGGGUCUGAACCAUGAGGUCCUGUGGCGGACUCUGGACCGGCUACCCCGGACGCGGCUUGGCAAGCUUCGAGAGUGCAACACCCACGAGUCUCUGAUGGAAGUGUGCGAUGACUACAGCCUGAAUGAGAAUGAAUACUUCUUCGAUCGGCACCCGGGGGCCUUCACCUCCAUUCUGAACUUUUACCGCACAGGCAAGUUACACAUGAUGGAGGAGAUGUGUGCCCUUUCGUUUGGCCAGGAGUUAGACUACUGGGGGAUUGAUGAGAUCUACCUUGAGUCCUGCUGCCAGGCCCGUUACCACCAGAAAAAAGAGCAGAUGAAUGAGGAGCUGCGGAGGGAGGCAGAAACAAUGAGGGAGAGGGAGGGAGAGGGAGAGUUUGAUAACACCUGCUGCCCGGACAAGAGAAAGAAACUGUGGGAUCUCCUGGAGAAGCCCAGCUCCUCGGUGGCUGCCAAGAUUCUCGCCAUCAUAUCAAUACUGUUUAUCGUCCUCUCAACCAUCGCCCUCUCUCUGAACACCUUACCCGAGCUCCAGGUCAUAGACGAGUUUGGUCAGGCCAACGACAACCCCCAGCUGGCCCAUGUGGAGGCUGUGUGUAUUGCCUGGUUCACUAUGGAAUAUCUCCUACGCUUCCUCUCCUCUCCUAAUAAAUGGAAGUUCUUCAAAGGCCCACUGAAUGUCAUUGACUUACUGGCCAUUCUACCCUACUAUGUCACCAUAUUCCUAACAGAGUCCAACAAGAGUGUGCUACAGUUCCAAAAUGUGCGCCGUGUGGUGCAGAUAUUCAGAAUCAUGAGAAUAUUGAGGAUCCUGAAGUUGGCCAGACACUCCACAGGACUCCAGUCUCUAGGAUUUACUUUGAGAAGGAGCUACAACGAACUGGGUUUGCUUAUUUUAUUUCUCGCCAUGGGCAUCAUGAUAUUUUCCAGCUUGGUCUUCUUUGCUGAGAAAGAUGAAGAUGCCACUAAAUUCACCAGUAUCCCUGCCUCAUUCUGGUGGGCCACUAUUACAAUGACUACAGUGGGAUACGGGGACAUUUACCCACAGACUUUACUUGGAAAGAUUGUGGGUGGACUCUGCUGCAUUGCUGGAGUGCUGGUCAUUGCUCUACCAAUCCCCAUUAUUGUUAACAACUUCUCUGAGUUCUAUAAGGAGCAGAAGAGGCAGGAGAAAGCCAUCAAGAGGAGGGAGGCACUGGAGAGAGCCAAGAGGAAUGGCAGCAUUGUGUCAAUGAACCUAAAAGAUGCAUUUGCCCGCAGUAUGGAGCUGAUGGAUGUGGUGGUAGAGAAAGGAGAAGACAAAACCUCCCUUGACAACCACCUGUCUCCUAACCGUUGGGGCAGCUCAACCAGGCACGCCGCCUCUGAAACCAACCUGAAAUCUCCAGAUAAAAGAAACCCACAGUCGCAGAACUCACCCCAUCGUAUAACCAUCACCACCACUGGAAGUCCGCAGCGGACAAGCCGGACUCCACAACACCUUAACGUUCAGAAACUGGAGGAGAUGUACAACCAGAUGACCAAGUCACAGUCCUUCACAAAUCUCAACACAGCCAGCUCCAUGAGUACUCUGAGCACAACUAUGACCGCGCCCGCCUCGCCGAAGAAAUCCUACAGCCCCGAACUGACGUUAAAAGAGGAGGUGGAGCUGGAGAUGAAGGAAGUCCAGCCCUCCUCAGGAAAUAACUUUGCCAGCUGUUCAGCAGACUUAACAAAACAGAGCUCCAACUCAGAUGAGGAGGAUGCUGGGCCAUGUCAGAUCAGACAUCCCAGAGCCCCACCACCUCUGGAUCUUCGCCAGCUGAGGGAUGGCCAGAGCUCUCCUGGCAUCAUCCUCAAAGAUGGCCUCUAUCAACCUGUCAACCCCGAUGAUGGAUCAGUGCUGCAUAUAGAAGAAGGGGAGAGCUUUAACAGCGCUGUGGAGCAUAUCCAGAGCUCUAUAAGAGGGAAUAAUCCUCUCAAAAUAAAAGGGUUGAAGGUCAACCUCAACAAAACCUCUGCUGAUUGUCCUCUAACACCACCCAGCACUACCUCUCCUGGAGACAUCAGCUCCAGCAUCCUGGAAGAUGAAUCUCCCGAGGGAGAGACGUCACCACUCAUCCCCAGUUCAGAGGAGCUGCUCCCAGUCACAGCGGAAGAUAGCUGCCCCCUGUCCCCGAAGAGGCUGAUGGUAGACACUCCACCUGGCGAUGAAGAUCAAUCCACAGAGAACCACGAGGAGAAGCAUCUGAUGGAGGUGGCGGGUGCCGCCGUGGCGCCCUUGUCGCCCAAGACAGCAGCACAAAAUUGCACCCAAGGUGUGGUUGGGGCAGGCGAGGAGGUGAAGGCCGACAGCAACCAAAGUGGACACAAAGUAGAGAACCACAUGUUUACAUCUGAUAUCCACCUGAUACCUGGGGACGGCAGCCUCUCUCCAACCUGUGAAACCAGCAUGUGAAUGUAAGGGAAGCUUUGAGGGACAAUAGACCUGCUAUAACCUCAGCCUGGUGUGUGGGGGGAGCAGGAAGAAAGGUCAAGGGUGCAGUUGUAGUGAGAGAUAUUUUUGCAUGGCAUGACAAGUCUCUUUUACUUGUGUUGUUGUGUAUUGCUGAUAAAGAAACUGCAGUGCUUUGUGCAGAUUUGAGAAUGACUCUGGAGCAAACGGUGGGUUCAAAGAGGAGGCUCUUGGGAAAAAAAGCUGAGAAUUCAUCAACUCGUGUAGACACAGGUCCUCCCAAUGUACAUAAUGACAGUCUCCUUUUUUUUAGCAAAAGAAGGAAAUGCACAGAGGGACUUAUGUGUAAAAAGCAUGCAUUUAAAAACAGACAGAUAUUUUACGGUGCUUAGUUUGCUGAAAGCGCUUCACUGUAAAUAGGACUAAGGCAAUGACAAUGCACAGGAUGGCAAAGGAAGACUGUCACUGAAGGUACAAAUAUUUGCAAUGUGAAGAGGGGAGGGGUUUGAACCGACAGCCCUCAGACCGGGUGUUGCAUCGUAGCGACCUAUAAAAAAAACAUAUCAUUACCUUUUGUGGAAAUGCAAAGUGUUCCCAUGAUGACCCUGUAAUGUUUUUUUUUUCUUUUCUUGUAGAAAAAAAAGGUGUAUGAAACUGUAACGUUGACAUUAUUGCUUUUUGGUUUGUUCAUAACAGCAGUUUCAGUUUGAGCAUCCGAUAUUCAGUCUCUGAGUUGAUGAACGUGGGCAUAAAGGACAAAUACACCUUGGUUCCUCUCAAGUGCACACACCUGUAGUUGCCAAAUAUUUAUGUAACCAGUAAGAACAAGGACUGUCAGAUCCUACAGCUAUUGAAAAUAUGUAUCAUGCAGUUUCAGAAGUUAGGAUAAGGUUUAGGAUGUGUAACUCCUUGUUCAGCCUUUGGAUUCCAUCCAAAUCACAGGAAAGAACCUUAUUUAUUCUCUGACAUCAGAUAUAUACAUCUAAAAGUAGUUUUUAAGAAUAAAAUAUGAACUAAGUAGGUCUAGAUUGGUUGUAGAAAAAUUCUACAGUAGGUAAGUGAGAGUCCAUAAAAACCGAGUUAAGACUAUUUAUUAAUUCAGCUCAGUAGAUCUGGUCAUUAGUAUAGAUAUAUGCUUUACACUAUCAUUAUCUAUUUUGGCAUUUCAAAAGGGAUAGACUACCAUAAAAAAAAAGAUUAUAUUCCUUCUGAUAUCAAUGGACCAAAUCAAGCACACUGACAAGCUUUUCUUCUAUCUCAGCUGCAUCAUAACAUAUAUGAUAACAAGAUGUAUUAUGACAGUAGUUCAGUUUUUUCCUUAUGGUUUGUUUACCUCCAUUGUGCUCAUUGUCCUAUCCUCGACGCCCUGGUGUCAUUGUUGACAUUUGUUUCAUACUACUGCAACCUUAUCCAAUCCUGCUGAUAAGUUUAUGGCUUUUUUUAAUGUAUAUCUGUGGUGUCUUGGACUGUAAUUUAUUGUGUUUUAUUGUCGAAAACAACUAUUUUCAGUCAAACUUAAACCCAAAGGAGUUUUUUUUCUUGUCUUCUCUCUUGCUUUUGUUUUACACUGACUGAAAAUAUCCGUUAUAUAUUGCCUUUGAUUCCAAUUUAUUGCUGGAAUAUUUCUUUAUUGUUUCAGCAUGUCACUUGGCUGAGUGUACUACUAAGGUGUUUGUGAAAGCCACACAAACUAGAAUGACUAUGACAGGAAAACAUGGGUGAAUUCUUUGUUGUUUUAUUGUCUUCUUUCUUUUUCUUAUUAAUAUUAUUAUCAUGAUUUUUUUGUUGUUUGUUGUUUUUCACAGAGAGGUGUGGAAUGUGCAAUACCGCAUACUGCAAUCUAUGCAGGCCAAGAAUUGUGGCACUUUAUUUUAUGUCUAUGGGAAUUUGUAAGUGUACAGGCAGAAAUUACUUGUAUUUUUCAAAUGUUAUAUCUUUAAUAUGAGGCAAAACAGUAUUACAACUACCAGAAUCUCACAAACAAUGCAAAUGAGAAUUUGACUUUUACUUUUUCAUAUUAUGUGGCUGGCAAAAUGCUGUCAAGCACCUUAAUGCCAGGUAUCAAUGGACCUCAAAUUUGAUUAUAUCAGUGGGAAUAGGGAUCCAAAUUGACCACCAGGGCCUUUUAUAUCGCUGUUAGAUUUACAUAAAAAUCUAGCAAAAAAUGUCUGUGAAAAAUAUUAACAUGAUCUAAUUUCAAUGGCCACAAACAAAGGAUUUUAUGUUUUUUGUGAAUUAACGUUGAGAAUGAUUCUAUUUUUUCUAAACCAAAAUGGAGCACGACCACAAUUUUCCUGCCAUAUGGUGGUUGAAAUGAUGCGUGCCUUUUCAUAACACCGCUGUUUAUGAGAAGGUAGCAAGUCAUUUUGCUUUGUUCAUAUAGCACUGUACAGAAAAUUCUAAUUUUAUAGGAGAAAUCAGGUCUUUAUGUAAUAGAUACAAGUAAUGAUAUUGAGUUCUCAGGUUUUCUAUAACUCUCUGAUGUUCUAAUUGGAUAGAUUAUCUGUUUUUUCUUUAACAGCUAACGUCAACUAGUUACUUCUGUACUUUUUGAAAGGUGAUGUUGUCAAAUUCACAUUGAUGUCUUGGCUCCCGGAGUAAGGAGCCGCAAUAUUUCUCCCUCCUCCUGGGUAAUCUGUGUACCACAUUCAGUAUCCACCCCCAUCAGUCUUCAGCGAAGCAGGAAGGAGGACAAAGACGUUUGAGCAUUAAGAAGGCAGAAGAAGAGGGAGAGUGACCAGGAAGAGAUCCCUACUGUCCCUGGACUGAUCCAUCCGAUUAUUUCCCAUGCUGACACCACUGAGUGCUCCAAUCCCUACAGCUUCAGAGGCUCUAACCCCUUGGCAUGCCCUCAGGAACACUGAUCAGUGGUUUAAAGGAAAGCUAGCAUGAGAAAAGAAACAGAGGCCUCCUAAAUGGUUACAUUGCAUCCGUUGUGGUCCAUAUUUUCUUUUUGUCUGUGUACAUACUGGAUGCCCAAAGUAGCAUAAUCUGACUCAGUGAUCAGAUAUUCAUGUGAGACCUCAUGGAGUUAACUUUGUGAAAAUCCCUCAUCAGAAACUCAGAUUCUUUGGUACUCUCCGAAGUAAAAUGCGGGAUCAGUGGUGGUUGUUGUUGUUGUUGUUGUUUGGGAUUUUCAUUUGUCUUUGUUGUUUUUUUAAUUUAUGAAAAAAGGUUGGAUGAUAACCUUCUUGUUAACACUUGUUUUUUUUCUCUACCUGUGCAUCAAAUUUUUCCCUCAUCCCUUGUUUGUUGUGAUCAUGUCUCCGUGUUAGCCUUGAGUAAUCCUUCAUUUUGACAGGUAGGGUAGAGAAACAAGGGAUUUGGAUUGAACAAUUAUAUCCGCUAGGGAUGAAGUUUGUGUGGAUACUAAGAUUAAUUCCGUGAGCUGACAGCAAAAGGAACGUGCUCUGUCUUACUGUCUCACGAUGGCAUAUUCAUCUGUGAUACUGUACAUGGUGGACAUGUUGUGUCUUUAUUUUCUCUGAGAGAAUGGGUAUAGUCCGUGUCACUCAUGCGUGCUUACCAAACCUUGCUCCCUAAAAUGCAUAAAGCAACAUUGUUUGUUCUUAUGUCUCUGUAUAUUCUGCCUCUAACGUUUUUUUCGUUUGUUUUUGGAUUGUUUUCUGUCCAGCUAUGAGAGAACAUAAUCAUUAGACACAUUCUGAGCUACAGACUGUUUCUGUACAAAGCAACAUCUUUGUAUGCAUGUAGUAGUCUGAACAAUUAUGUGACCACAGAACACUUUGUUAUGGUACACGUAUGUCAACAUUUCUGUAGAGCAUUGUUCCCCAUUACGUUAUUAGCAUAUGCAGAAUAACAAAUAAAUGUGUAUAUAACUCGUG